UACAUACAAAGGAAAUACCAAUCAACGCUGUUUACCCCUCUUUUCCACUCUCUCAUUGUCUUGAACCCUAACCCGUCAAACAGAGAGCGGUGAAGGUUGAGCAAAAUCAGAGGGCAAUGGCGAACGGAGGUUGACGGCGGACUGACGGGGUCUGCGACGACGAGAGGAGGCAGCUGUGAAAUCUGGGUGCCUGCGACGAGGUUUGAUGAAUUAGCCUCUGACCUUCUCUUUCCGUCUCUCUCUCUCUCCCUCCCUCCUAAAUCCAUUGGAUCCCAUGUUUCUGAACCGGCGCUCCUCUUCGCGAACACCUUCUGCUUCAUUCUCUGGAUUUCUGAGUCUCUCUUUCUCUAUUGGGAGUCAGGAUAACUCUGGUAACAUCUCAACUUAUGAAGACUGCACUUCUCGUUUCUUUCCUUCUGCACCAAGGGUUCCUCAAAUGCCUGGGGUGGUACCUGGAGAUACUGGCUUCAUGGAUAAAAGUGAAGAUUCAUUUCGGGAGCUAUCAAGUUCUUCACAUCAACGACUUAAUAUCUUAUGCAGUGGGGACAAAGAUGGGAGCAUCUACUUUAGUAUAUUUGGCAUAUUUCCCAUUGGAAAAGUUGUAAGUUAAUUACUGGAUUGAACCAUAGAGGAAAUAACUCUAAAUGUGGUUCAUUUGUAUCCCCUUUAUUAGUCUCUAUUCUUUUUGGUAUUAUUUUUAUGAGUCUCCUUGUGGAUUACAACCCUGGUAUUAUUUGCCAGAAUAUACACUAGUUUUCUCUCUCUAAUCAGCCAGUGGACAACCACAUCAUUUGUCGACUUUUGAAUGCUUCAAUUUGCAAGGUAUGCUUAUCCUUAAUUUGGGUGGUUUUAAAAUCCUUGAUAUUUAUCUAAUUAUUUGAUGCUUAUGAUUAUGGAGAGCUAGUCUCUAUUUCCUCAUGAAUAUAUAUUUAUAUAUAUACAUUUAUUGUUCUAUGCUGUACAAUUUGGGUAAUUUCAUUUCCAAUUUGAUUCAUUGUUAUUUCUGUUGCUUGAGCCAAGACACCUGGAAAGAAUACUAACUAUAUUGAAGUAGAGACAAAUCCCAUGAAUGGGACUACAAACAAAAGUCUUAUACAGGCCAAGCAAAAAUAAAAAUCACGAGGAAUUCUUUCGAAAAGGCUCAAAAGCUAAUAUUCAGUGGUCUACGUUUGAUGCAAUCAUAAAUGAUUAUGACCUAAAAUAAAUUUCUUCUUUUUUUCCAAAAAAAAAAGUGAACUAUUUUUGUUUUUAGUCUCUCUCUUCCUAAGAAAAAAUAAUAUAAAAUUUUAUCUGUGCCUGUACAACAAUAUAACUUGUAUGAAGUUGUCAAUGGUCUUACAUAAUAUCUAUUGAGAGUUAGAGGAAAUUUCUGACAGAUGCAAGUGCAUAUGGAAUAAAUUUGGAAAAUAAGUCGAUUAGAUAUGUCAAGCAAGACAGCUUAUUGAAUGGAAACCUGUUAGAAAUACAGUUGUUACAUUUCAUUAACUCAUGUAUCUUGAUUUAUAUGAUUGUAGCAAUCAUGAAUG